UUCUUCCACUCUCAUAUUGUUCGGUUCUGUUUGGACUCUCGGUGGGAAAAACCUUCAGUACAUCACGGUAUCUUGUACGAAUCAGUCUUGUACGUUCACUUCUUGUCGCUAAGCUCGAGUGAUUGGUGACUUUUUGUGUGGUCAAAGUAUUAACCUUUCGAUAAGUAUUUGGCAAUAAUAUUGCAGAAGAAGUAAUUUAAAUUUACAAAAAAAAGCUCUGAGCUAAGAUCAAGUGUUUUGUGCGGUGAUUCUGUGGUAAAAGUAAAAAUAAAAGUUGUUUUUACUGGUUAAGCUUUCAUUGUCAGUUGUUCUUGCAUGUGAAUUUUCAAAAAAAAAAAAAAGUGAAUUUAGAAAUUCCGUUGAGCUUUUAAGGUGUGAUUUCUCUCACAUAUCCAUCAACUUGAAUCAACGUGGUUGGAAAGGAAAAAUAAAAGAAAUUCGUGAGAGGAAGCUGCGUUGUGAAAAGUCGGGGCAAGGCAUAACCGAGAGAAACAAGACAUGAGAAGUGCAAGUGAUUGUAUGGUGAAAUAGAAGUUGUUAAUAUAAAAAAAAAGUUGUGAAAGACUUGGUAUCCUCGGGUGUGUAUAGUGUAAGAGCUUUUUUUGUUGCGGAUUGUAGCCGUGUGAGGGAGUUUGGGUAGAUAGAGAAAGAGAGAGAGAGAGGAUAGAGAGUUAAAAAAAAAGACUAACGAGGUGCGAUAUGCAGCACCAUCCGGGAUCGUGGUAUUUGCCCUGGGGAGUGCCACUGCAGAAGAUGCUGGUGCCGUUGCACCCAUCUCCGGCGGGAUUUCAUCCGCAAGCAGCUGCUGCAGCCGCGGCGGCCCAAUCGGGAGCUGUGCAGGUUUCUGCAGCUACUCAGCAGGCCACUCAGCAGCAGAACUACCAGCAUCUUCAUCCCGCCGCGGCACUGCAUCAUCCACCGGCGGGGUUACAUCAGCCGCCAAUGCAUCCUGCCGCCGCGGCGGCUAUGUUUACGCCUAUUUCGCUGAGAACCUUUCUCGGGCCAUCGCACAAUUUGAGUUUGGGUCAGCAGACACUGUCGGGCGCCGUGCAGGCCACACAGCCGCCUCCGCCGCUCUCCAGUCAGACCACAACACAGAUGGCCGGCAUCAAUUUGAAUGUGGGCGUCGUCCCGGUGCGUCAGAGCGCCUCUUCCGGUGUCGCCAGCAACGCACUCCUCAUGCCCGUCAAGAAGAUAAUUGCUGGUGAUAAGGAAAAAUCCAAAUUGGUUGCCACAGAAAAGCGCAAAGCUGACGAUGUUGAGCAACUUAAGGAUCUCAAGAAGGCCAAACUGGAAACAAAGGCACUAAAAGCUAAGCGACCAGGUUUUACUGAUGAAAGAUAUCACGAAACCUCCUACUACAUAGAAAGUGGUUUGAGAAAAGUGUAUCCGUAUUACUUCACAUUCACCACCUUCACGAAGGGACGGUGGGUGGGUGAACAGAUACUUGAUGUCUUCGCACGGGAAUUUCGUGCACAUCCAGCUGAAGAAUAUGAAAGAUGUAUCAAAGCUGGUACAUUAACUGUUAAUUAUGAAAAAGUGCCCACUGACUAUAGAUUGAAGCACAAUGAUUUAUUAGCUAAUGUUGUUCAUAGACAUGAAGUACCAGUCACUAGUCAACCAAUCACAAUAGUGCAUAUGGACGAUGAUAUUGUGGUUGUGAACAAACCAGCAUCAAUUCCUGUUCAUCCAUGUGGUCGAUAUCGUCACAACACUGUGGUCUUUAUCCUGGCGAAGGAGUACAACUUGAAGAACUUGAGGACAAUUCAUCGUCUGGAUCGACUGACGUCGGGACUGUUGCUAUUUGGCCGGAGUCCCAAGAAAGCUCGCCAAAUGGAACACCAAAUUCGCAAUCGACAAGUUCAAAAGCAGUACGUGUGUCGGGUUGAGGGAGAAUUCCCAGAUGGUGUGAUUGAAUGCAAGGAGCCCAUCGAGGUGGUAAGCUACAAAAUUGGAGUAUGCAAAGUGUCUCCGAAGGGGAAGGAGUGUACGACGAAAUUCGAGAAAUUGGGCUUCAAUGGGAAAUCCAGUGUGGUCCUGUGCAAGCCACAAACUGGCCGCAUGCAUCAGAUCCGUGUGCAUUUGCAGUAUUUAGGCUAUCCGGUAAUUAAUGAUCCGCUGUACAAUCACGAGGUGUUCGGACCGGCCAAGGGACGAGGAGGUGACAUUGGUGGUAAAUCAGAUGAACAACUAGUGAAGGACUUGAUAAAUAUCCACAAUGCUGAGAAUUGGUUGGGAAUCGAUGGUGACUCAGAAAUGUCACUGUUCAAAUCCAUGAAACCAGAUGCUGAGGAUGGUGGUGUUUUGGGCUGUGGUAAAGGAAACAUCCUGAGUGACGACGACUGCGAAACUGUGUCAAGAGAGGCGUCACCGUGUUCAGAGAGUCCCAGACCAUUAUCUCACGGAAGUGAGAGUCCCCAUGAAAGUGUCUGCUUAUCCUCGACACCAUCGACGCCUCAGCAAAAUUCACCGCCGGCAGCCGCCAGCCACAUCAAGAGGACACAGGCAAAGGUAACAGUGGCCACACAGACUGGCCAUGAAUCACCGGACCUCACGUUCAAUCCCGAUAAGAUGACAGUCGAUAAACACUGCUACGAGUGCAAAGUUCGCUACAGGGAUCCAAAGCCGCAGGAUCUUGUAAUGUAUUUGCAUGCAUGGAAGUAUAAGGGUCCCGGUUGGGAGUAUUCCACUGAACUUCCGGACUGGGCGUCAGCACAGUGGAUCGAGGAUGAAUAGAUUUUGAAGCUGAGAGACCACCAUAUGGCAAAAUGAUUGAGGAAACCACAGCACAUAAUUAAAUUAUAAUUAAAUAUCGCUACACAUCAUAACAAAACUCUUAUUAGAUUGAUAUUAAUGGCAAAAAGACAUUUUUUUUCCUCCUUCCUUCCCUCAAAUAAACAUUUUAUUUCUUCCUUCAGCCUUUGGUUUACGUUGUUUCUUGUUCUUUUUUUGUAUCAUCAUUUAAAUUAAAACAAAAAAAAGAGAUUUAAACUGUGAAGCAGAAGUUUAAGUAAAAGAAAAAAAACAAGAAAA